AUGUUUUCAAUUGAUUCAAUACGACAAUCUCCUCAUGCCACAAAGCCAAAAUUAUCAACUCGACCAAUAUCAUUUAAAAUGAUUGAAAAACGUUUGAAUCAUCUACGAGAAGAACUGAGAAUUUUAACACGAAAAGAAUCGAACAAUCACGAGCAACAACUCGAAGAGAAUGAAAAUCAUUAUGAACAAUACAAAAAACGUCUAGAUCAAUUGCUGAGAUUAUACGAGAAACAAGUAUGUGAAGACCCAGUUGUUGAUCUAACGAGAAUNAAAUUAUCUACUCGACCAAUAUCAUUUAAAAUGAUUGAAAAACGUUUGAAUCAUCUACGAGAAGAACUGAGAAUUUUAACACGAAAAGAAUCGAACAAUCACGAGCAACAACUCGAAGAGAAUGAAAAUCAUUAUGAACAAUACAAAAAACGUCUAGAUCAAUUGCUGAGAUUAUACGAGAAACAAGUAUGUGAAGACCCAGUUGUUGAUCUAUCGAAAUCUUCUAUUUCACAGGUCAAUAAUCUAAAUCUUUGGCGUUAUUACCGAUCUAAUAUGAUCGAAAAGAUGUACGCACAUGAAUUACGUCAAUCAGACGAAACAUUUCAGAUGAAAAAAGUCGAUUUCAAAUCCAAAUUGUUAUCCACAUUCAAUGAUAAACGUCGUCACUUGGAAUACGAACAUCAGAAUAUCAACAUCCGUCAACGUCAGAAUUCUGAUACUGAUCAAUAUUUACUCAAUGGCAUGAACAAUCACACGAACGAUGGUAAUCUAUUCGAUGGACAUAAUCAUCAUUCGAGUGAUUGUAUGCAACAACAUCAACGCCCUACGUACAAUCUACGACGUGCUGCUGCCAAUGAAAUUCUUUCCGAAAAUGCCACAUCAGCAACGACAGUACCAUCAUUGAAGGAUCUUUCGAUAUUCAGUGGAUCGAAUUCUUUAUUACCACCAUUCGGUGGUAUUGAAUUACAGCGUUGUUUAUCAACCUCAGAAAUUGAACAAGAUCUCAAAGAUGUUCGUCGCGGCUUGAAACAUAUCGAACCAUCGUUGGAAAAUAAAGCAUCUCACAAUCAAUAUGAUGAUGUAGAAGUCAAAUCAUCGAUUGAUGUUCGAAUUGAAGAAGGUCGACUAUGGUAUCAACGUGCAUGGUUUUCACGUAAUUCGCCUAUACUUUUAGUUUUUGAUGAUUUGGAAAUAGUUCCUGCACUCGUGUUAACAGUCGGUCGCAAUGAUUUACUUAUACGUCGUUCGGGUACAAACAUAAAACAUCGUGUUAGUCUUUCACUUUUGCAUGAUGGUCAUUUAGCAAUUCGCAAACGUGGUUGUGUCUUUUAA